UGAAACCGGUUUAGAUCGAGCGAAGGGGUCCCGGAGCCGGAGUUUAGAUCCGGAGCCGCGGGGAAAAGGAGCGGAUUCCCGGCCUCUCAAAGUCGGGGGAGAGGGAAAGUCAAAGAUGAAGUGUUGUGAAGGAGAAUCACCUCACCGACCCGGAAUCUGGGAUUAGGAACUGAGAGGAUUUGGAGACUCAACCAGGAUCGAUUAUUGAUCCCAAUUCAGGAUCAGGGAAACUGGAUCAACCAGAUCCCAGGGACAGAGGCCAGGCCACCCUUCAGGAUCUCAGCUCCGGAUCCCAAACCCAGGAACUGAUCCCAAGACUGGAUCCCAAGUGUUGAGGUCGUUAAUCCAGGAUCGUACUCUGAAGAAGAAAGAGAAGAUGGAAGUAUUCCUGUGUCACCCUGUGCUGAAAGCUUUCAUGUGUGGCUCUCUGAGUGGGACCUGCUCAACGCUGCUCUUCCAGCCCCUCGACCUGGUGAAGACUCGCCUCCAGACUGUGCAGGGUUCUGUGAAUGGAUCUGGGCGAGUUGGAAUGAUUGCCAUCUUGCUGAAUGUUAUUCGCACCGAGCGAAUAAUUGGACUUUGGAAAGGAGUCUCUCCGUCGUUUGUCCGAUGCAUUCCCGGAGUUGGGAUUUACUUCAGCAUGCUCUACUCCAUGAAGCAGCAUUUCUUCAGUGAGAGAAGCCCAACGGCGCUGGAGUCGGUGGGUUUGGGCGCCAGCGCUCGCACAGUGGCGGGCAUCUGCAUGCUGCCCGUGACCGUGGUGAAGACUCGAUACGAGAGCGGCAAGUAUCGGUAUGAAAGUGUGUUUGGUGCUUUGAGAAAUAUCUACAAGACAGAGGGCACGCGAGCACUGUUCAGCGGACUGACGGCUACACUCCUGCGUGAUGCCCCCUUCUCUGGGGUUUACCUUAUGUUUUACACACAGACCAAGAAAGCAAUGCCUGAAGAACGGAUUGACACACCGGUUGUCCCUCUGAUCAACUUCAGCUGUGGCAUCUUCGCAGGCAUUUUGGCAUCUUUGGCUACACAGCCAGCUGAUGUCAUAAAAACGCAUAUGCAGCUCUCUCCCCAGAAGUACCGACAUGUCAGACACACCAUCAUCUUCAUCUUCGAGAACCACGGCAUGGUGGGCUUUUUCCGGGGUGCUGUUCCUCGGUCAUUGCGUCGGUCACUAAUGGCAGCCAUGGCCUGGACAGUUUAUGAACAGAUGAUGACCAAGUUGGGCCUCAAGUCAUGAAAACCUGGGCAGUUGAACGAAGGACUGUUGGGUAAUGGAGGGGAAAGUGAAGUUUUUGCUUGUCAAGACUUCAGUGGGCCUGGAGUCUUUGAAAGUGAAUUAUGGUACUUUUUAUUUUGGUUUAAAGAAUUUGCUUCGUAGCGGAGUGGAGUUUACACUGUUUGAAUCUGUGCCAGAGAAUUCCUGGUAAAUGUACGCACAUGUAUACAGAUGCCAAGUGUUUUGUAACCUGUUGAUCUCUAUUUGCUGUUUCCCGAAGUUAUGUAACAGGCAGAGGCCAGCUGUUUGUACCUCUGGACCCAGACCUGACCUUUUCCUGAUUGGUUAUCACUUUUCAGAGCUUCUGGCCCCGAACCAAGUGGAAUCUGAGCAGUGAGGCAGAGGUUAUUAAAAUAAUCCAACUGUAGCCACUCAACAGGAGCUGAGCACAACUCCUGGUCAUGUUGUAUCGAGGGGACUAAGUCUGGUUAACUAACAGACUGGGGAAAGAUUACUGUCAGCCCCCUUGGCAUGAGGUACAAGAACCCAGAGCUGCCCUUGUCUGUAAACAGUUGUGACCCUCACAACCUCAGUCACAUUUAACACCUGCUAGUAAUUUCUGAAAGGAGUGUGGGUGAGUGCAUCACCCUUUGCCAUGUUGUACAGGCAAGGAAGUCCGUUGUCUAAGCUGGGUCAGCAGUAGGGGUCUGCAAUUGGUCUCAGCAUGUCUGAGUUGUGUGGAGGGGAAGUCACCCCCAACUCCAUCCAGGCAUAUGGGUGACAGCAGAGGGCAGGAGAAGCUGCAAUGCCUUCUGAGGUUGAAUAGCCAGUCAGUACUCAACAAUGAAAGAAUGGCCUCUUAGGUGUCCAAUAACACAAGGACGAGGCAGUGUCUUCAAUGACAAAUCAGGAAGACCAGUCUGCCCAUUGGGUGAAUUAAUCCUUUGUACAUUGGACUGGAGACAUCAGAGCUUCAGUCAGCCUCCCACUGUACCAACCACAGUCUGAGGACACUCACCGAUUUAUUUCAUGAAAUUGUGGAAACCAACCUCGUGUGACCCAUUUCAUUUCCCAGGAAGCUGUUAAGAGUAACUGCUGUGCUCGUGGAGACCGCAUGUAUUUGUCAUUGUGGCAGCCAAUCUGAUCCUUAGCCCUUUGCCCCUCCACUCCACUUUGCCCCUGCACAUCUCAUGGCAGCCUCGUGUUCAGCUUUCUGCAUUUCCAAUUGGCCUGAGCCCAAUUAGCUGAAGCACAAGCGCAGGUUGAAUACUUGUGGCUCUGCACCAUACUAACUCACAGUUCUCCGACCACCAACCCUCGGCCCCUCCCACCCCCAGCCUUCACCACUUUCAUCCUGCAGCUUGGUCUUCAGUGAAGAACCUGCUCAUUAAAACCAUACAUCCCACUCUUUGCCCACACAUCCUCAUCCUUUUACAGCUGCAAGCAGAAGCUGAUUGAGCCACCAUGGGGCAGGGCCCCAAAUGGGCCUUUUGCCUGGAGAUUGGGAAGGGAGAGAGAACUGUUUAGAAUCGAUCUGCUUAGUUAGAUUGGGACAAGAGCUGGAGAACACCCAGUGAGCAGAGUUUGCAGGUAGCAAAGAGGCAGGAGAAGAGGAGACAGUUUCAUUGGAAAUUGGAUCAUAUACUUUUCAAUAAUGAGGCAGAAUUCAUCUCAAUAUCACACAGUUGCUGAAUUGUGAGAGGGUAUUUUUUAUCUCCAUAAUGUCCAGCUGAAAUCCGUCUAAAUUACCUUUGUAUCUGGCCAAUAGCUGUGUGCAGCUUAGAGGGAACACUGCUGCCCAGGAAAGGGUUAAAAUUAGUUACAAUUUUUCAGAGAGGAAGGAUGGAACUGUAAUUAUUUCUUUGCGUGUGAGUCACACUGUGCAGUUACUGAACUUUGGAGUAUUCUGAAAUCCAUUGGUUUAAUUGUGUAAGACUUCCUGUUUGACACAGACUGGAAAUUUCUGCUGACUCAGGACCUGGAAUCUGUUUUACUCAGGCAUGAUGUCAUGAGUGGAUUUGGUGCUGGCACUGUAGCAUCUCUGAUGUCUAAGCUGGUAUCAAGAGCAGUCUGGUUGAGACAAAACAGCCCAUUAAAGCUGAGAUCUCCCAGCCAAGAGCCACAUUAUCCCCAGCCAGUCCUUCCACAGAAGCAUGAACAUCGCAUUCCACCCCUCACCCAAUUGUAUUUCUUGCCCUCUGUGUGAAGCUAUGAGCCUGAAUGUUUGGAAAAUGUUGACUUGGUGCUGAUGUGUCACGGGUGGGUAAAUCCUAAACUGCAAAUUGUGGAAGCUGGAAGUUAAUGGGAAAAUUGGAUUUCAUUUUUUUUUACAUGGAUGUGAAGCUCAGGGGUACCUCUUGAAGAGAACUAUUUGAACGAUCUAAUCUUGACGGUGGCAAUAGUGCAGACCCAUAGGUUUUGAUGCUAUUGGAUCCUUCACAUAUGGUGCCUGUGAAAUGUUCCAUCAUCCCCUCCCUUGAGAUUGUGUUACACUGGGAUCGGAAUGUUUGGUUUAUUCUGAGGUAGUUUUGAAUCUUCAGUUCUUGUUUUGAAAUUAUUGAAAUUAACCCCCCCCACCUUCCCCAAAAACCCAUUUUUCCCACACACACAUUGUGUAGAUGCUGUGGGGCCAGUUUGACUGGGGUUAACGUGUGAGGUCCCCCCCCUCCCAUGUCCGUGAAGUUGCAGCAGAGAUCAUUGCCGUAACACACUCGCACGAUUCCUCAUACAGACGCUCCCAAACACACUUCUCGCUCUGUGAUUUUUUUAUGAUUAAUUCUAGUGUUUGAUGCUAAUGUUUGAAUAAUACAAUAACAGUAAUUGUUGGUUUACAAAUAUUGAAUGCAAAUUAAAAGUGCAAUAAGUGUCUCUGGGCCAAUAUAGAGAGCUGUAUGAAUUGUUUAAUGCGAAUGGUUGAAAGUUAAGAGACACCCUGCCAUUCUUAUACUGUUGGGUUUUGGAAAGACAACUUGCUUUUUGUAAAGCUCCUGAUGGUUGUACUCAUCUCCUGCCUAUUUAGAUCGAGACCAAGCCUCAGGACCCAUGCUGCCUUGCCUCAAAAACUCCAUUGGUGAAACUCAGCUACAUCAGUCACAAGUGCAGCAGGGCAUUGAGUGUCCUGGGAGCAGGGAGGAAAAUGUAACAAUGUCUGUCCAUUGCCCCUGUCACACCCUAUGAUGACAGUGGAAUGGUGUUGGCAGUGCCAAACCACCUCUGUUUAAAGUUGGUCUGUAGUCUGGUGAACAGUCUGUGCUGGACUGGGUGGGAGAGGAGAGAUCAGAAUUGCUGGAGGCAGUUUUGUGCAAUGCCCAGCCUUUGCCUUACUGGAUAAAAAAAUGCUUUCAAGAAAUGUCAGCGUUGCCUGUUAGGAUCCCUCUAUCCCUGCAGUGAA